AUGUACUGUGUAGAUAUUCUGGCAGAAGUCAGUAUGGAGUUUCCCAGUGCUACAGUUGCUGGCUUCAUUUCACGCUCUGGUGGCUCUGGUGUGAAUCGUCUUCCCCUGGCUCAUUAUCAGGCCCAUUCAAGAAGGUACAUCCCUCUAGAAUGCAGCCAAAGCCCCAAUCACUAUUCAAGCUCCAGUGUGCAGGGGGUAGAGCUCACACACAUGCCUGAUAACAUCACAGUGCUGGAGGGGGACAGUGUCACUCUCAGAUGCCAGAUCGACGAGGAGGUCACCCACAAGGCCUGGCUCAACCGCUCCAACAUCAUGUUCACGGGGCGGGACAAGUGGACCCUGGACAAACGCGUCACCCUCCUGAACAACAACAGCAGUGAUUUCUCCAUCCACAUCAGUAAAGUGCAGGUGACAGAUGAGGGGCCCUACACCUGCACCUUCCAGGCCAACAACAAGCCCCGCCUCACACACGUCUACCUCAUCGUGCAAGUUCCAGCGCGGAUCGUUAACAUCUCCAAAGACGUGUCGGUGAACGAGGGCGAGAAUGUGAACCUGUUCUGUUUGGCAGUGGGACGACCAGAGCCUACGGUCACCUGGAAGGUCCACAAAUAUGGGCUUCUGAGUGACGGUGAGUUCCUGGACAUCACAGAGAUCAAGAGGCAGCAGGCGGCAGAUUACGAAUGUGUCACCCACAACGGAGUGGCCCCCGCCGACCAGCGAAAAGUCAGAGUCACCGUCAACUACCCGCCCAUGAUCACAGAUGUGAAGAACAUGCCUGCACACUUGGGUAAGACGGUGAUCCUGCGCUGCGAAGCCAUGGCAGUACCAGCCGCCACCUUCGAGUGGUACAGGGACGACCACAGGCCGGUGGAGAGUGACAACAACCUGAGGGUCAAACAUGAAAAGACACGCUCUCUGCUCCUCUUCUCCAACGUCACAGAGAAACACUUUGGGAACUACACCUGCUUCGCCUACAACCGCCUGGGAAACUCCAACGCCAGCAUGCUCCUGUUUCGACCGGGGGCUGUAUACGGACGAGGGUGCGGUCUACAAGCAGGCCUGAGCGUCAGCGUCAGCAUUUUGGUUUCGCUUUCGGCCGUCCACCUGCUGAAGGUCUAA